AUGAAAUUGGUGCUAGUUCUAGGAAUAGUACUAUGCACAUUUCAAACGACGAUCCAAGGUGACCGAGACUUUGUCACGAAUCGUGUUAAUUUCAGAAAGUUGUUUUCAGAAAACGUCAUCGCGCAGACGGUCAGAGAUCUAUCGACUCUUUCGCGGCUCAUGAAUGGAAUUGCGAUCCAGACGGCACUGGCGAGGAAUCCGGACAAAUUUUACGCGAUAGUCGCCGAACUGCUGGACAUUGGAUCCGAGAAGACGUUCCGGAACAUUCUCGAGUUCGACGUGAACGACGUCUCCGGCAAACUCGACGGACUUGUGACGGAGAGUAAGAAGUUGCCGCAGAGUGUCACGAAGAACAUCUCAAGGAUCGGCGAGGCGUUCGGAGUUCUCGGCUUGGCGGGAGUGGCCGAAUUGGAGAGUGCCAUCAAGCUCAAUCUCAAAGAGCAACAGGACAAGUGGAAUAAGGCUGCAAAAGUUGAUUUGCGCUUUUUGGUGGAUCCCGUUUUUGAAAACGUUCCGACAAAGUUAAGAUACGUUCUUGAGACGCCAAUAACGGAAAACGGAAUAGCGAACACAAACAUACUCAGUGAAAAGAAUGCAAAGAUCAAUUGUUCUUUGAUUCGAAACUUUUAUUUUUGCGUAGGUGUUCAUAAAUCUAUUAGGUUGUUCGGAAAGUUCCAGUCAUUUUUGGGUUCAGAAAAAUUUAUUGUGAAACAAGUUAUCCGAUUAAUUAGACAUAUUGCCCAUGUUUUUCGAUGACUGUAUGCCAACGUGUCACCAACUUGUGGAUACCUUCCUUCCAGAACUCCUGCGGCUGGGGGCCAGGUCUGGGCUGUACGGUGGGUGAGACAAGAUUGUCCAGCCGUAUCCAGCGAGUUCAGCGUUGGCCUUUCUGGCGACAUGGGGACGAGCGUUAUCAUGUUGAAUGUAAACUUUCGCAUUUUUCCCCCAAUGGAGAUCCACAUAGAGUCUGAGUUUUCUCAGCUGACCAGUGUAGACAUCGGCCGUAAUAGUGAUGCCGUCAUCAAGCAGCUCCCAAUAUUCAACUCCACGGACAGACCAUCAUAUUGA